GCUGGGCUUUGCUUGCUUUUAACUCAAAAUAUUGCUCAUGCCCAAGGGGCCCAUCUUGGGACGGCCUGCCCGUGGCCCUUACACCACUAACCAUGACCCUUACACCACUAACUGUUUGCAGCCAUCUUGUUGUACAGGGUCAGGUACAGGGAACGUAUUUCAGGAGAAACAGAGCGUUUUGGUAUGUACGGAUUGGCAGCCAUUAGAAAUCAGUCUGCCUGUCUGCAGCUCCCUGAAGGUCCCGGCACUUCAGCUGCAUGUGAGCAAAACAGCAAUGGGAGCCAGUCAGGAGGAUUUUGAGAAUGCGAUGAAUCAGGUGAAACUGUUGAAGGAGGACCCAGGAAAUGAAGUGAAGCUCAAACUCUAUGGACUCUAUAAGCAGGCCACUGAAGGACCUUGUAAUACACCCAAACCAGGUGUGUUUGACUUGAUCAAUAAGGCCAAAUGGGAGGCAUGGAAUGCUCUUGGCAAUCUGCCCAAGGAAACUGCUAGGCAGAGCUAUGUGGAUUUGGUGUCUGGUUUGAGUUCUUCGUCUGACUCCUCUAGCCAAGCGAAGCCUGAAGCAGACAGGAAACAAGCUGGAUACGAAACAGUGGUGAUGACCUCUGAAGACGGCAUCACAAAGAUCAUGUUGAACCGGCCUGCCAAAAAGAAUGCAUUGACCGAACAGAUGUAUCAAGAAAUCAUACUUGCACUUGAAGCCGCAAGCAAGGAUGACUCUACCAUAACUGUUUUAACAGGAAACGGAGAUUAUUACUCUAGUGGAAAUGACCUGACCAAUUUCACUAAUAUUCCUCCUGAUGGUGUAGAGGCGAAAGCUAAAAAUAGUGCCAUUUUACUGAGGGAUUUUGUAGGCUCUUUCAUAGAUUUUCCUAAGCCUCUGGUUGCCGUGGUCAACGGUCCAGCUGUGGGAAUCUCCGUCACCGUUCUCGGGCUAUUUGAUCUUGUGUACGCGACCGACAGGGCAACAUUUCACACUCCUUUUAGUCACCUUGGCCAAACUCCAGAAGGUUGUUCCUCUUACACUUUUCCGAAGAUAAUGGGCACAGCCAAGGCAGCAGAGAUGCUCAUUUUUGGGAAAAAGUUAACUGCUAGAGAAGCCUGUGCUCAAGGACUUGUUACUGAAGUUUUUCCUGAUAGCACCUUUCAGAAAGAAGUUUGGACCAGGCUGAAAGCAUAUUCAAAGCUCCCCCAGAAUGCCAUGCGUAUUUCGAAACAGAUCAUCAGAAGUCAGGAGAAAGAAAAGCUGCACGCUAUUAACGCCAAAGAAAGCAGCAUCCUUCAGGAAAGAUGGCUGUCAAGUGAAUGCAUGAAUGCCAUCAUGAACUUCUUCUCCCAAAAAGCCAAGCUGUGAUGCCUGUUACAGCAGUGUUAUGCAUUUCAAAUGAAGGGAUGUGCUGUCAUUUCUGAUUUUCAAUACUUGACCUAAUAAACUGUGCCUUUUCUCAGCGCUAACAUAUCAUUUAUGAUUAUCAUAGUUCACUAGAGCCCUGAUGACAAACCAGUUACGUACCACAUGCUUUAAGAAUUUAUGUAAGAUUUGGGUCAUAGGGAGUCUUACAUCUUUCGACAUGAAUCUGUGUUGCCAGGAGCACUGAAACAUGGUGCCUGGGGUCCUGCUUUGAAAAGCAUUCACAGCAUUGCAAGCUGAAGUCAUGUCUUUGAACACCACGAUAGCGCUUUGCCGACCACAGAGGGUGACGGACGUAAUUGGCCCAAACACCAACAGCCUCUGGAUCACUGACUGAAGGUCUUCCGUGGGUUGCAUGUUCUUCUUCAACCACCUAGCAAGGGAGCAAAUGGAGCAGUAGUAGUAUUAGAAAAGAAACACACAAAAAAGAAAAGAAAUGACAAUCUUAGUUCCAUGUUUUUCCCCAUAAUUUAAUAAAAAGGCAAGAAGGGAAGAUGGGGCUAUCACUGGAAAUAAAAGCAGUGAUCUGGAUCAGCUAUUAUGUAAUUAUGUAUGAUAUAGUUCUUGUCCAAUGUGGUAUAUUAUGAAAGACAUACCUGCAAACUCCCUUAACCAUCCUUGUAACUUCCUGUUUCGAUUAGUGCCAUAUCUAUUGAGAAGGACGAGGGCAUAAUUCCGGUGGCUGCCAAACUGGCAUGAAAUAUUUUGCUCUCCUAAAUACCCUCAUUUCUCUACAGAAACCAAAUAAACUACAGAAGCCAUACAUCUACAGCAAACCAGUGGUUGUCCAACAAAGAAAAUAUACAUUGAAAAUUGUAGGACACUGUGUGGUGUUCUUAGUUGCCCUUACCCCACCGCUACCCUGCAUGGUGUGGUUGGAAGAAAUGCACCUAAGUCCUAGCUCCCUGCCUUGGAAUGGAAUGAACAGAGUGAACUUUGUUUGCAACCUUCUGGGCUGUGUGUGGGCUGCCUGAGGGACUGGUUGCUGUCUUGCCUGACUCACAGUAAAGGAGGAAAAGGUUGGCGUAGUCUGGAUGGGAGUCAAGAAACCACGAGAAGCAGUGGCAUACAAUGAAACAUGAAAGGUACAAGCUGACUGCAGACCCUCCAAUGCGGGGAGGGAGAUCACAGAAAAGGAAUCAUAUAGAGCACUUAAGGCCCUGACAAGAAGCUGCGGACUCUAGACAUUGAAAGCAGCUGAGGAAAAAUUAAAAACAAAUAAAAACCCCAAAGCAAACAAACAUACAGGCCUAGACAGGAAGCAUGCCCAGAAAAUACCUGAGAAGUCCUGGGCUAAUCUGAAGACUCACAGGCCCACUCAUGAGAGAAGGUCUACCCAUCAGUGAAAGAGGAACUUGUUUUUGCAAAAAUGCCCAGUUUUCAACAAAGGAUUAUAAGGUGUGCAAAG